AUGGUAUCAUUUAAAAGUAUUUUAAUUUUAGUUAUAAUAAUUUCAUUUCUUUAUGUGGAAGCCGGUUUAAUAACACUAAGUGGAUCAGGUGAUGAAAACAACAAUCAUAAUCAUGAUGGAGGAAGUGGAUUGCUGACAAUUGGUAACGAUGGAUUGUUGACAUUAGGCAAUAAUGGUGGUAGAUCAGGACAAUACAACUACCCAGGUCAUGGAGGAAGAGGUGAGAACUAUUACAACAGUCUAAAUCAAAUUCUAAUAUGUCGAGAAGAUUGUAGACGUCAAUAUUCAAAAUGUUUAAAUGUAUUUGUCAGUUCCAUUUGUGCACAAACAAUUGUAAAAUGUAUUCAAAAUUGUGUAAAUCCUUAA